UUCAUGCAAUUCUCGCAAAUUUCACAUUGAUAAACCGUUCUCUCUAGAACACAAUAUAACGAAACCCUAGAUUACUUUCUCCGAUCUUUAAUUUUCCUUCCGCCGUUAGGCUUCCGCGAAAGUUUUCCAUCAAUUUUCUCGCCUUUUCCUGCUACUUUCCCGGCCGUUUCUCUCGUUUCCUUGACCCAGUUGUAUCGCUCUUCGUUUUCCUUCGUUUUCGAUAACCUCUGUAUGGUGAGAUUUGUUUUCGUUUCUUAGAUUUGCGUUCUCAAUUCGUGUUCCUCCAUUUUUUUUUUAAUCUCACGAGAUUUUCUUCUUCUGAGAGCUCGGUGUGGGGAUUGUUGUAGUUCGUAAGGGUGAGUUAGGGUUACGUUCUUUUUGCUCCGAUCUCUUCUGCUUCUUUUGAGGGGGUAGCCGGGGCUCCGGCCUCGGCGGGUUCUAAAGCCCCCACCUACACACCAAAAACCUAAAUUCCGAAACCCAAUUCUUUAAUUCUUUUUCACCCCAUAAAACAGAUCGGGGAAGAGAAGAGAAAAAAAUCAUGCCUGCUGUGGCGUGUUGCUUAGACGCCGCCGUCGCCGGCUACGCCUUUCCCUCUCUUCCCUCGCCGGACCAAUUUUCCGGCGUACCUCCGCCACCACCAACCACCAUCACCACCACCGCCACCGCCGUUGAGAACCCCCAUUGGUCUCCGUCUCACUCAGCUUCUCUCUACAAAAUCGAUUUAUGGGGUGCUCCGUACUUCUCCGUCAACUCCUCCGGCAACAUCUCCGUCAAGCCGUUUGGACCCGCCACGCUGCCUCACCAAGAGAUCGAUCUCUUGAAGGUCGUGAAGAAGGCUUCGGACCCGAAAUCGGCCGGCGGACUCGGCUUGCAGCUCCCUCUCAUCGUUCGGUUACCGGACGUGUUGAAGAACCGCCUCGAAUCCCUUCAAUCCGCGUUUGAAUUCGCGAUCCAAUCGCAAGGCUACGAAUCGCAUUACCAAGGCGUUUAUCCUGUGAAAUGCAACCAAGACAGGUUCGUGGUUGAAGAUAUCGUGAAAUUCGGGGCGGGUUUCCGAUUCGGGUUGGAGGCAGGGUCAAAACCCGAGCUUCUUCUCGCUAUGAGCUGUCUCUGCAAGGGAAGCACUGAAGCUCUGUUGGUUUGUAACGGGUUCAAAGAUGUUGAGUACAUUUCGCUUGCUUUGGUUGCAAGAAAACUAGCUUUGAAUACAGUGAUUGUGCUUGAGCAAGAAGAAGAGGUUGAUUUGGUGAUUGAUCUGAGCAAAAAGCUCUCUGUGAGGCCAGUCAUUGGGGUUAGAGCGAAGCUGAGGACGAAACAUUCAGGCCAUUUCGGAUCGACUUCGGGAGAGAAAGGGAAGUUUGGAUUGACAACUACCCAGAUUUUGAGGGUUGUGAAGAAGCUUCAACAAUCUGGAAUGUUAGAUUGUUUACAAUUACUGCAUUUUCAUAUCGGAUCUCAGAUACCCACAACCACCUUGCUAGCCGAUGGAGUCGGCGAGGCUGCUCAGAUCUACUGCGAAUUAGUCCGCCUCGGAGCUUCCAUGGAAGUCAUUGAUAUUGGUGGCGGACUAGGGAUUGAUUAUGAUGGUUCGAAGUCUGGAAAAUCUGAUAUUUCGGUUAGUUAUGGGCUUGAAGAGUAUGCUGCUGCGGUUGUUCAAGCUGUUCGGUUCGUUUGCGAUCGAAAAUCGGUGAAGCACCCAGUAAUAUGCAGCGAAAGUGGUCGAGCAAUUGUCUCUCAUCAUUCCAUUUUGAUAUUCGAAGCUGUUUCGGGUGGAGCAUACAAUGCGCCGGCGAUGAAUACUCUCAGCAUUCACUACUUCGUGGAGGGGCUCCCGGAGGACUUGUUCGCCGAUUAUCAGAAGUUGUCUGCGGCUGCAAUUCGUGGUGAGUACGAUACUUGCUUGCUCUAUGCUGAUCAGCUGAAGCAGAGAUGUGUUGAACAGUUCAAGGAAGGAUCUUUGGGUAUUGAACAACUCGCUGCUGUUGAUGGGUUAUGUGAAUUGGUCUCAAAGGAGAUAGGAUUGUCGGAUCCAAUUCGCACAUACCAUGUUAAUUUAUCGGUGUUCACUUCUAUUCCUGAUUUCUGGGGUAUUGGGCAGCUUUUCCCUAUCGUUCCGAUUCAUAGGCUCGACCAAAGGCCGAGCACAAGGGGGAUAUUGUCGGAUUUGACUUGUGACAGUGAUGGAAAGAUCAACAAAUUCAUCGGGGGCGAGUCAAGCUUGCCUUUGCACGAAUUGGAAGGGGACGGUGGGUUUUCCAGUGGUGGGCGGUACUAUUUGGGGAUGUUCUUGGGUGGUGCUUAUGAGGAAGCGCUCGGGGGAGUUCACAACCUGUUUGGCGGUCCAAGCGUUGUGCGUGUUUUGCAAAGCGAUGGACCCCACAGCUUUGCGGUGACGCGUGCAGUGCCUGGACCAUCGUGCAGCGAUGUGCUCCGUGUGAUGCAGCACGAGCCCGAGCUCAUGUUUCAGACGCUCAAGCACCGCGCAGAGGAAUUUGUGCACGAGGAUGAUGAUGGUAUGGCCCAUAUAUCGCUUGCUAGUGGGCUUGCUCGCUCGUUCCACAACAUGCCUUACCUUGCCGCGGCUUCUUCAUGCUGCUUGACUGCUGAUUCUGCCGCCAGUGAGGAUGAGCAGUGGUCCUAUUGCUGUGCUUGAGAUUAUUAGUCUUUAGCAUCUCUAUUGGUGUUUUAGUGGUUCGUUUGUCGUGGAGGUGGUCUGUUUAUGAAUUUUUUUGUUUUUAUUUUCUUGGUUUAUUUCCCUUUUGGUUUUCCUGAUGAAACAAGAUGUAAGAAGCAGGACAAGAGUCUUUUGGGAUUUUGUGGAGAAAUUGGAAUGUGACCGAAUAUGUCUGUGUAAAUUCGGUAUCAAAUUCCUUCUCUAUAUAUCUUUUUUUUAUGGUAGUUUUCAGUGAUUCUGUUCUCUUUUUACUUUCUCUCAAA